AUGCCGACCCCAAGAACGAGAACCAAGGUGGUUUGGUACUGCCACAACUGCUCCAGCGGCCCCUUCAACUACAAGAUUGACGAGCACUGUCCCGUCUGCCAAAUGAGAAGAUGCCGCUAUUGCACGGUCCAGGAGAUCCAGACUGCCAUUCGUUCCUUGGCGGACCCGGGCCGGCGCGGCUCCUGGGCUAGCAUACAGCCCGCCCUUCGCACUGGCGAAGCAGCAACUGAGCACAGGAUGUGA